AUGAGAGCGUCGAAAACCAUCAUAAAAAGCGACGGAAAAAGCUCGUCGAAAGCAGUGGUAAGUUCAGGAUCGUCAGGAGGGUGUAACAGCAUCGACGAAAAAAAGCGUCGAAGAUUGGAUUCAAACCGCGAAUCGGCUCGAAGAUCAAGGGAGAAGAAGCAGAAACAUUUGGACAAUCUGCUGAAAGAGGUUAGCGGAUUGGAAUUACAAAACAAAGAGAUAAUGAACAAAAUUGACGGAAUAUCUAACGUUUUAGGUGGGUUGAAUGAUCAAAACAAUGAGCUGAAAACGCUGAAAGAUAAGCUCGAAAAGCGAUUGGAUGCAUUGGAGUCAGUCAUAGAGAUUGGGAAGGUUGUCAGAGGAUCGUCUUCUAAUAUUAAUUCAGCAGAAGAAAUUAAUAAUAAUAAUUGUCAUCCAAUGAUGAAGCCUUGGCAAUUGCCUUGCCAUUACCCUUCUCUCCCUAUUUUUGCAACUUCUUUUAAGGAUUUUAAUGUUUAA